AUGGAGGGCACGGAAGCUAAAGAUUCAGAAUCCAGAGACUGGGACAACGGUGACAGUGGCCUAAGGCAACGUAGACAUCGUUUAUCAACAUUUGUUAGAACGUUGGAAGAACGAUAUCAUGCAAAAACCUUGUUAUACCUACUGAAAACAGGAGUCCCAAUAUGUAACUGGCUGAUCGAUUACGAUUGGAAAGAAAGUUUCUUUGCUGACAUGAGUGCUGGGUUGACUUUGGCUGUGUUCAUGGUGCCGACUGGCAUUGCUCAUGCUGGUAUCUGUGGAGUAGAGCCGGUUUAUGGACUCUAUACUUCAAUAUUCCCCACCUUUUUGUACAUGAUCUUUGGGAAUAGCAAGUAUAAUGCUUUAGGUAAUAUAUUUUUUCUUAAUUUUAUUUUACAGAGUAAUAUUUUAAUUUUAUAUUUUCUUUAAUUUGACAAAUAUAUUCAGGACCAUUUGCUAUAUUGUCAGUACUGACCCACUCGAUAAUUGAAAAAAUUCAAACAGCUGAAAUGGAGACCCAGAUUAUGUAUAACAACACGCUCUACAAGAGUGUUGGUACAGUAGAUCCGGCUUCAAAUAUAACGUUCAUUACAAGCAUGGAUGACUUCGUACCUAUAAGGCCGAUUCACAUCGCUACUACUGUCAUGUUUCUGUCCGGAAUUUUUCAUGUAAGUCUUUUGUCUAGAAUAGCUAGCUAUUAGUAGCAUAGAUCUUAAAAUAGUGUACAUCUUAAUUAUAAAUAUGAUUUAUAACAUUAACUAUAAUGUAUUAUAAUGUUUUGUUGCAGAUAUUUCUGGGCGUUGUACGAGCUGACUUCUUGUCAUGUUAUUUAUCAGAACAAGUCAUGUCAGGGUUUGUUGUUGGUGGAUUUGUUCACGUAUUCUUUUCUCAGAUUGGAGAAUGUUUAGGCAUCAAACUGCCACCGAGAGAUGGGCCUGGAUCUUUGUUAUUCGUAGGUUUCGAAAAUAGAAUUAAAAAAAUUAUUUUUGGAUUACUGAGUUUUCAUUUUUUAAAAAUUGUGCUUUUUAAACUAAAACACUAAUUUUAAAGCUAGAAAUAACUUAAUAUGUACUGAAAGCCUAUUUUAAAACCAUUUCCAAUUUCAGAGAGUUCAAGAUCUGUUCGAACGUCUUCCUGAGACCCAAUUUGCAACUUUUCUUAUCAGUCUGGCAUCUCUCGCCUUCCUAACCUUCUCGAGACAUGUUUUAGAUCCAUGGUUGAGCAGUGUAUUUGAGUUUCCAAUACCAUACGAACUACUACUGGCAAGGUUAUUGGGAAAAAUAAUAUUGUUUUAGGUUAUCGUCGGGAUUACAGCUACAAACUAUGCGGAUCUCAGUAAUCGACACAUGGUUGCUGUUGUCGGAAACAUUCCUACAGAGUAAGGUUUGCUUUUCAAAUGUUUGUUGUGAAUUCUAAGAAUUGUUUAUGCAUGCAUUAGACGAAGAAUGCAAAAAAUCCUUAAAAUUUUAUGAAAUUCAAAUAUUUUUGAAAAAUUUUACUUACAUUUCAGUUUCCCUCCACCAGCUCUACCACGAUUUGAGCUGAUACCAUCAAUCUUUGUGACUACAUUGGGCAUCACAAUAGUUACCGUAGCCAUACAUCUUACUGUUGUGAAGAUCGUGGAGAACAAGCAUCACGAACCCAUCAAUUCUUGUCACGAAUUGUAUUCUCUGGGCAUAGUGGGGGUGUUAUCAUCAGCUUUUCCGGUGUUCCCAGUUACGUCGAUCUUCGCCAGGACAUUGGUCGGUAGUCCGGACAAGAACACAACUCAGGUAACAGAUUAG